UUGAUAGUUUGCGGCGGGUUGGCAGCCCAUAUGCUGGAUGGCAGCUGUAAUCAGCUGUUGUAGGCCCCUUUUGGUGUUUUCUAACACCUUUCUGACUCCAAAUUCGCAAUGUCGUUUGUUUUGGAACGAGAUCCCUGAAGGUCGCCCUAACCCGGACGAAGACGAAAUGACUGCUAUCAUUGAGGAAAGCAAGGGGCUUCUGCCCCGCAUCGCUUUGAUAGCCUGUGGAUGCUUUAGCCCGCCCACGCCAAUGCAUCUGCGAAUGUUUGAAAUAGCCAGGGAUCACUUUGAGAUGCAGAACACACACAAGGUAGUGGGCGGUAUUAUUUCUCCUACACAUGAUUCGUAUGGAAAAAAAGACCUGGCCUCCUCGCUGGACCGCUGUGCAAUGGUUAAGCUGGCCACGCAGAGCUCUUCCUGGAUCCGGUUGUCCGACUGGGAGGUGCACCAGAGCCAGUGGAUGAGGACGCAUGCGGUUUUGCAGCACCAUCAGAACUUCAUUAAUAAUCACAUAAACUGUGGAGGAGGAGAUGGAAACGAAGAAUCAAAUGGCCACCUGCCUAAUUGGUUGCCUCGCGGGCUCCAGACACGAAGAGAUCCUGUUCAACUCAAGCUAUUGUGUGGUGCUGAUCUUCUAGAGUCCUUCGCAGUGCCGGGUCUCUGGGCAGAUGCCGAUAUUGAAGACAUUGUGGCAAAUCACGGCCUAGUUGUCAUCACCCGUGCAGGCUCUAAUCCAGGAAAAUUUAUCUUCGACUCUGACAUAUUGACAAAGUAUCAGAACAAUAUAACUUUAAUCACAAACUGGGUGCCUAACGAAGUGAGCUCUACCUUGAUUCGACGGCUUCUUGGACGCGGUCAGUCGGUAAAAUAUCUGCUGGACGAUCUGGUUUUGGAGUAUAUCAAGCGACAGCGCUUGUUCAACAUUAAAUCUAAGUAUAUAACGGAUGCAGUGCGUCCUACCCAUUUGCUCUUUAAUCACGCCUACACGGACAACAACAACAAGUUUGCGCACAGCUACCCGUUAGGCAACCAGUUGGAGCAAGAUAUGGACGAAUCGGACAGCCCGAGCCCCAAUCCUCAGACCUCGGCCACUUCCCGAGUCUUCUGCUGCGGGGAAUCGACCCCUAGAGGCUCCAAGUUACUCCGUAUUGGGCCCGGACAGGCAGUGCAGGUCAUCACAAUGCAGUCAGACGAUAAGGAAGAAAGUCUGGCAAAGAAACAGAAAAUUUCGCAGGUGCAGCUUUAAAAAGACAAAGGAUUUAAUCUGAAAAGGAACGAUUCAGGAGCGCUGGAAGCUAAUUGUUGAUAUUGUAGACACAUAAAUACAAAAUAAAAUAUUUACGUUCUUAACACA